GUUUCCUUUCCUUUCAGCUAAAGUUAAGGGUUUUGGUCUGAAUAUCUUCCAAAUCUGCUGGAUUUUUUUUCUUCACCUUCUUGAAACUAAGCAUAUUUUUGUCUCCGUCUCUCUCUCUUUCUCCUUUAUGUGUAAUAAUGUUUCCUUCUGUACUAACUUCAGUUUCAUGUGCAUCAGUGCCUUCUCAAUUUUUUUUGUAGCAGUUUGUUUUCUUUUCUCUCUCCAUAUUUCUACUAUUUUUAUUUGUUAAGUUCUUACCAAUUUUCCUUGAAACAAAAAUAUAUAUUAAGAAUUCGUCAUACACCCAGAUUAGAGAUCAAUGAUUUUGUAAACCCUUUUCUCUGAAGUGUGGAAAUCUUGCAGAUCUAAAGUUAAAUUACAUGUGUUUGUUUGCCGUUUGAGUCCGUGAAGCAUUUCAGAUGUUUAUUGAAGAGAGAGAGAGAGACCCAAUCUAUAGAUAUAGAUAGCACAAGGGAUGGGUCAAAAUAAAUUUUAUCUGGAUUCCAAAAAGUCAUGAUGGGAAGAGGAAAGAUAGAGAUCAAGAGGAUAGAGAAUUCAACAAAUCGACAAGUGACGUUCUGCAAAAGAAGAAAUGGACUCCUGAAGAAGGCUUACGAGCUUUCAGUUCUCUGUGAUGCCGAGGUUGCCCUCAUCGUCUUCUCAACUCGUGGCCGUCUCUAUGAGUACGCCAAUAACAACAUAAGAUCAACCAUUGAGAGGUACAAGAAGGCUUCUGAUAACACCAGCACUCACUCUGUCCAAGAGAUUAAUGCAGCGUACUAUCAACAAGAAUCUGCAAAGCUGAGGCAACAGAUCCAAACGAUUCAAAAUUCCAACAGGCAUCUGAUGGGAGACUCUUUGAGUGCCUUAAGUGUCAAGGAGCUAAAGCAGGUUGAGAAUCGCCUUGAGAAAGCCAUCUCUAGAAUCAGGUCCAAGAAGCAUGAGUUGCUUCUAGCUGAAAUCGAGAACCUACAGAAAAGGGAGAUUGAGCUUGAUAAUGAGAGUAUCUAUCUCCGAACCAAGAUAGCAGAAGUGGAGAGGUUUCAACAGCACCAUCAUCAAAUGGUUAGUGGUACAGAGAUGACAGCGAUCGAGGUCUUAGCCUCUCGCAAUUACUUUGCUCAUAGCAUUAUGACUACGGGUUCUGGCUCUGGAGCUGGCCAUGGAUGUUCUUACUCUGAUCCCGACAAGAAAAUUCAUCUUGGAUAAUCUCUUGCACAGAGAAAAAAACAAGCUGAAUUAAUGGCUUUAUGAAGCUCUCUACAUAAACUAUGUUUGGUGUUAUUGUAAUUCAAAAAACAACGAAGGUAUUAAUCCUUCAAGACUCGUUGGAAACUUGUGUUUGUGUAAUAAUGAAGACAUACUAUGGUUUUAUUGUUUGUUUAUGAAAUACAUUAUGGUAUCUUGAUUAAGUGAUU